AGACUCUUUCAGCUGGAGGAAGCUUCAACAGCUAUAGAAUCAAUCGAAAAGGAACGUAACUUUUAUUUCUUGAAAUUGCAAAAGAUUGAAACGUAUUGUCAGAAUGCUGGCGAAAAUGCGGAAGUGCCAACGAAACCGAUCUUCGAUGUAUUGUACGAAGUUGAGGAAGGCUUUGCUGCUCCGGAAGACAUUGAAACCAAUGGUGUCGACGAAGAAGCUGAAGAGAAUCCGAAUGUAACCGUUACAAAAACAACGCAACCGCAUGACGAUUGGCAAGAAGAAGAAGCAAUUCCGAACGCAAGAAUGAACGGCGACGAAUCGUUAACGUUUUAA